CUGCAACGUUACGUAGUAAAGUAAAAAGUUUAUAUUUUUUAUAAUUUGUUUAAUACUAAUUUAUAAUGAAUAUUUUAUGCUACUAGGCAAUGCCUUUAUUUUAAAAUAUACUAUCUUUUUAUGAAAUUACUUCAUAAUUAUUUGUUUCCUGUUUCCUCGAUUUCGUACAACGUUACGUUUCAUCUUCUUUUUGAAGUGUCAAAAGGGACCUCAAUAAAAAGUUUAUGUUGUGUUGAAAGUACACAGUCAAACAAAACAAAGACCAACUAACCACAAGGUUUCGUGCAGUAACAAAUUUUUUUGCACUCAAGAUGGGGUGGUCGAGAUAUCAGAAAUUUUUAACUUUAAUGCUGGUAGCAACAGGCUCUAUCAACAGUCUUUGCACAAAAUGGGCUGACACCACAGAAGCUGAAGGAUCUGAUGGUGUUACAAGAAAGUUCGAUCAUCCAUUCUUACAGGCUUGCGCAAUGUUCCUUGGAGAGAUGUUGUGCUUGCUGACAUUCAAAAUAUUCUGGAGGCUGAAAAGAGAUACAGGACAUCAACUUAUUAACGGCAACCAGAAUUUCAACCCUUUUAUCCUUAUGCCAGCAGCAAUGUUUGACCUUAUUGGCACUUCAAUAAUGUACAUCGGCUUGACACUAACGUACGUGAGCAGCUUCCAAAUGUUCCGGGGCUCGAUAAUUAUCUUCGUCGCCAUGUUAUCUGUUACCUAUCUUGACCGAAUUAUAAUGAAACGUGAAUGGGCGGGCAUAAUGGUGGUGAUAUGCGGGCUGGUCAUAGUAGGAGGAACAGACGCUAUGUAUCAAACAGACGGCGAAUCCAAAGGUCCUAACAGCCUCAUCACAGGGGACUUACUCAUUAUUGUUGCUCAAGUGGUCUCCGCCUGUCAGAUGGUCUAUGAAGAGAAAUAUGUUGCAGGAUUGAACAUCCCACCUCUGCAAGCGGUCGGUUGGGAAGGCGUUUUCGGUUUCUCUGUUCUGUCGUGUCUUCUUGUGGUGUUUUAUUGGAUACCAGCACCACCACAUUUUGGCAACAACGCCAGGGGUAGUAUAGAAGAUGCGAUCGAUGGACUUGUACAGAUCGGGAACAGUUCUAUUCUGAUUGCGGCCUUCAUUGGUACUAUUAUAUCGAUAGCAUUUUUCAACUUCGCCGGAAUAAGUGUCACAAAGGAAAUGUCAGCCACUACAAGAAUGGUCCUAGAUUCAGUAAGGACAUUCGUGGUAUGGAUGGUGUCUCUAGCGGUACGCUGGCAAUCGUUCCAUUGGGAACAUUUAAUUGGUUUCGGUGUACUGAUAGUCGGCAUGGCGGCCUACAACGGACUGUUGCCGCAAUGCAACCGCCGCCAAACGCCGCCCGUUGAACCAGAUAGCGAGGUGGUGAACACGGAAGCGGAACAUCCAUAGACAAUCACUUUUACCCAUUGAUAUUGGUAAGCAGACCAAAAGGAAAACAAGCGAUUUGUUACUGACGUCUGUGUUACAAGUAUGUAUUAAAAAGGCAUUGAUAGAAAAUCUAUGUUCCAUCCCAUAAAAGAUAAGAGAUAAAACUAUGUAAUUGCUCUGUAAAGUAAGAAAAGAAAUCAAUGCAAACAAGUGUUACAAUACAAAAUUAAAAAAAAAAUUAACUGAUCAAACAUAUAAAAUCGAUAUAUAUAUAUGAAACUUAUUUUAUGAUGAGUUAAUUCUAUAAAACUAGUUUCUGAUUGUCAUAAACAAAAAUGUCCACUAGAUGAAUUAAAAUCUGGUAAAACAUCUCGACGCCAUAGUAGCAUUAAAGUUUCACAUUAAAUGUGAUCUUUACUAUAAUGUUAAUAAUUGUUUGAGUAGACCGGGUUCAAAAUGAAUUCGUCCAAUAUAGUUUGUUCGUCAUACACUACACUUCUUUCAGUAUUUAUACAGGGAUAUCUAACGUUUUAAAAAUUAAUAAGAAAGCAUUUUAAGUCUUUACUGAGACCUUUAAGGCUCAAUU